AUGAACUUUACCAAGACCUUGAGGUUGAUGAGAAACACCACAUUAUUACGCCAACCUAGCUUCGUUGCUAGGAGAUGGUCGACUACAACCUCGCCCACGAUCGAUGACGUUGAAGAGUUGCACCCAUCGUUGAUCAGUAGGAUAAAGCAAUAUGUUGAACAAUUACAUGGACUGGAGCAAAUGCUGGCCGCUGGUGGCUCUUUCAACGCAGCCAGCCAGAUAUUGUAUGCGAAAGCUUCCUCUAUCAAGGACAUCUACGAAAGAUAUCAAGAUCAAUUGGAAGGGCUCAAGGCCUUACGAGAGAUGAUGGAUGACGAUCCUAGCUUAAAGGAAGAUGCAGAGGCAGAAUAUGCAAAGCUUGUGCCGCAGCUCGCAAAAACCUCGAGUGAACUGCUUCGCAAACUGAUACCGCCUCAUGAAUUUGCAGACAAGCCUUGUAUACUGGAAUUGAGACCUGGAGUAGGUGGAAUAGAAGCCAUGAUAUUUGCACAAGAUCUUCUUAAUAUGUAUGCUGGGUAUGCACAGAGCAAGAGAUGGAAAUACCAUUUAACAUCUAAGACCGAGAACCAAAGCGGAUCUGGGAUAGUUGAUGCUAUACUGAGUAUAGACGAGCCCGGAUCUUACGAUGUCCUCAAGCAUGAAGCUGGCGUCCAUCGCGUGCAGCGUAUACCGGCCACUGAGACCAAGGGUCGCACUCAUACUUCGACGGCGGCGGUCGUAGUGCUGCCGCAAAUGGGAAACGAAUCCGAGAAGGCAGCAGAUGCAUACGAAAGAAGCUUCAAGCCGGACGAAAUCCGGAUCGACGUUAUGAGAGCCAGCGGGAAGGGUGGUCAGCAUGUCAACACUACCGACUCCGCCGUCAGGCUUACUCACUUCCCCUCUGGAAUCGUGGUUUCCAUGCAAGACGAGAGGUCUCAACACAAGAAUAAGGCCAAGGCUUUCGCCAUCCUCAGGGCUAGAUUAGCAGAACGGGAGCGACUGGAGCGGGAGGAGAAGGAAAGAUCCGCUAGAAAGGAUCAGGUAACCACAACCGACAGAUCGGACAAGAUAAGAACUUACAACUUUCCACAAAACAGAAUCACUGACCACCGCUGUGGUUUCAGCAUGCACGAUAUUGAGGGCGUAAUGUCUGGAGAAAGACUAGACGAUCUCAUCAACGCCAUGGAGGCGUACGAUAGCGACUUGAAAGCUCGGAAGAUUCUUCAAGAGGUUUAA